AUGGCAGAUGUCAUAGCACCACCGGUAGCGCUGGAAACGCCGCAAAACGGUCUUCUCCGCCGCCGCAACUCCAUCUCCGCUUCCGUCGUCGCGCCGGCGCAGCUCAGCCUGCGCCACAGCCGUGAGGCGGCUUCUUCCUCCUCCUCGUACGCCACGACGGCGGCGUCGUCCGCCACGUCUUCUGGGUCAUCGCAGAACGAUGAUUUCGAGCUGUUCUCGAUCAAGCCCGUGCACUACACCUCCCUGAAGGACAUCCUCCCCGCCGCCGCCGUCAACUCUCCGAGGCCCAUGACGCCGGGAUCUCACCAUGGGUCCGAAAUCCUUAUCCGUAACCGCCUCGUGAAACAGGCCGCCUGGGCAUACCUCCAGCCCAUGUCCACCUCGCCGGACUCCUCCGGCGGCAGCUUCCUCCGCCGUCUCUGCAUCCGAUUCUCCGGCAACGCCCCCGUCGUCGCCCUCCUAGACUUUGUGGAUCGCCACAUUCUUCUACCGUUGACCCGCGCCGUUGACUGGCUGCUCCGCGCAAUUGGGCUUCGGAGCCUCAGAUGA